GGGCGAGGCCCGGCGGGCGGGGUGCGAAGCCGGCCGGCCGGGCUGGGGGCGCGUCUCGCCGACCACUUUCUUCGCCGCCGCGGCCUCUGCCCUUCAGCACCCCCUCCCCCGCGCCUUUGUUCCUCCGAAGCCCCCGGGGAGACCCUUGCUUUGGGGACUCGAUUCCGGAGAGGACAGCUCCCUGCUCAGCCCCCCUCCGCCUCGGCGGCACCACCCCGCGGGCGCGCCCCCAUCUCCGCUCGGCUGGUGGCCCGGGUGCGGGGAGGGAGAUUCGUGGUGCCGCGCCUGUCGGGCUGUGGCCGCGACGCGUGGACCCCCCCGUGCCACCCCCCCCCCAGCGGGGCCGCGUUUGCUCGUGGGGGGGGGCACUCGCUCCCCCGCUGAAAGGUACAUGUCUCGGGUAAUCAGUCCCCUGUCGCCCAGCGGUCUCCUGCCUGCAGUCCGCCUGCUAGAACUUCCGAAAGGAGAGAUUUAGGGAAAAGUUGAAGUGCUCUGGUGUUCUGGCAUUUUUUUUUCCCCCUUGGCUGGCUGUGUGAGUGAGAAAAUUGUUGUAGGAGUUAUUUUGCCACUUGCAUCAUUGAUGGUAAUUACAGAUUACUGUAAUUAAAAAUCCUCAGAAAAGAUCAGGAGGAUGAAAUCGUCGAAAUCAGGGUGAUAAACAGAAAAGUACUGGGCUAAUAUGUCUUUUGGAGUUUGUGAUUAAAGAAAUAUUUCUGACCCGUGCAAGGUGGUAAUGUAAGAUGUUAACAUUAAGGGACACGGGGUGAGGGAUAUUCCUGUAUUUUCUUUGCAGCUUUUCUGUAAAUAUAAAAUUGUUCCGAAAUAAAAAAAUUUUAAGAAAAAAGUGAAUCGCACCAAACGAAUGGGUAUAUCUCAGAUCAGUAAAUCCAGAUCAGACGUAUUCCUUCCAGGUUGUAACUUACGUGUGCUCUUUUUCUGAUUGAGGGGGUUAGAUUGUGUAUGGGAUAUCUUAAAUGGAUUAACCUGGUGUUGUCCAUUAAGUGAUCACUUGAAAUAUAUUUCAGAAAUCUUGGAGAGCUCAUUGGUGAAGGGUUUAAGACUUACCCAAGGCAGUGAGGGGCCUUUCGAGACUAGCACCUGCCAGUGCCCGGCUGUCCUAGGAGGAAGUAGACUAAGACAGGCAACUGGGGACUGUUUGUUUCUUGACUUAGGGUUUAGAUAAGGCAAAUUUCCAAAGCUCAAAUUUUGGCCUCUGGCACGCUUUGGAAAUGUAAGGCACCUACCUUCAGGGUGAUCCCAAACAAAGCCAUUUGCAAAAAAUAUUCUCUGUUGCCUGGACAAAUUUGGGAUGGGGGUGGGAGAAGAAGGGAAGUUGAAAAACUAGCAUUACGGGAAUUGAAUGAGCCAAGUGCUGUCAUAAUCUUCUGGAAGUAGCUAUUACACUAUUAAUAAUAGCUUAGCCGUGCCCCAGUAAAUCACCUCAAGAUAGCACUGAUUCAGUGGUUGUUAAUACUCGGCUCGGAAUGGUGUAGGCAGUGCCCUUUUGUAUGUGACGUAUUUAUUUCUUGUGCGUGUGAGAUUUAAAUCCACUCCUGCACUUCUAAGCAAACUGCCUCAUUGAGUUUGUUUUGUGUUAAAAUAGUACAUGCACCACCUCGAGUCUUCUUUUCCGGCGAAAUGUAAGCUCCUUGGAUUUUAUGCCUAGACAUGAGUUUAAACCAUUGACUUUGAAAGAAGACCUGAUUUUGAGGUUACGUGGUCGGCCCGUGUCCCCACCCCUUUUCAAAGAUGUUCUUCUUUCUCAAAAUCCGUAUCUGCUUUUAAAGGGCCUGGGUGACUGCCAAACCCUAACCUGUGUUGAUUACUUGAAAAGAUAAUCAAUCUUUCUACAUUCACUUUUAGAGUAGGCAGGUCACCUUUAGGCCAUUUAACAUAUUUCAUUUGUGUGUUGCAAUGAGGCCUGAUCCUUAAAUUUGCUUGUUAGAAUAGUGAUAAUUCAGAGCCGUUUUGAACAUUAACAGGUUUUUGGUGGGGUUUUUUUUUUUUUUUUUUUUUGCCCCUUCAACUUCAUUUUGCUGGAGUGAGUGUUCCAUUUUUUCUCUUUAUUGACUUAUUAAAUAGCGCCAACCGAACAGUUGUUGAGACUGUUUACAUUUCAGGGUUUUGGAAUCAGUCAUGUUUGUUUUAAUCUUUAAAAUUAAGUCUUCUGUAAGACUCUACUAAGAUCUCCGUUGAUUUUUCUGGAUUUGUCCCACCAAACGACAGUGUUGAAACGAAACCGUUCUUGCCCGGUGUGAGAAACUAGAAAAGAUUUUUAAAAACAAGAUUUCCCACCUAUUUUUUUUUUGAAAAAGCUCCUUUCGUUCAGUGGCUUUAUUUAUUGUCGUGAUUCUCAAGUGUUUAUCUCUGAGAUAAACAGUUAACUCCCAUGCCAGAAACUUAUGCCUCCUUAUUGAUUUACAGUCCCCUUUGGCCACAUUCCAUGCUCAAUCUGCUGGGAAUCAGUAGAAUAUUCUAACUUUCUCAUAUACCCCGGAGGAUUAAGCAAAGUUUCCCUUUUUCUUUCCGCCCCCUCCUCCUCUCCCCCUCCUUUGUGGGUAGGAAGGUUUUUAAGGCAUGAUAUCAACAGGAGAAGGAAGGAAAUAACAUGUAGCAGCAUGAUGAUCGAACCAUGUAAACUCUUCUUGAGGAGGGUACAGUCCUGAUCGGAGAGGUCUGAAGGGAGUGAAUGUUCUGUUUUGCCUGACUUUGUCCUUGUGUUUGUUUACUUAAGUGGUUGAAUAGCCUGACAUUUUCUUAGAGCAUUUUUUUGUUUUGUUUCGUUUUGCCAAAUACUAGAUCCUGGGUGACAGGUACAGGUAAACCGCCCAAGGUUUAGGUUCCCUGGCUGCCUAAAUACCUUGCAUCUUACUGGGUGACCGCUCGGCGUGCGUGUAAGUGGGUUGUCUCCCACUUGUCUUGUCUUCAUUUUCUUUGCCAGGGCGGGUCACUGAUGAAACAGUAAAGAACAAAGCUAUUUGAUUGGAACGUCCAGGAAUUGGUUGUUUGGGUCUUGAAAAAUGAGCUCAUGGUGCCUUGCGGUAAAAAGUGCGAUAUACAUACACGUGUUUCUGAUUUCUCCGAAGCAAACGGCCGGUGUUGGUUCUUCAGAACGAAGCACUUUAUCCACAGCGGCGCUCCUACACUAGUGAGGAUGAAGCCUGGAAGUCCUUCCUGGAAAACCCUCUCACCGCAGCAACCAAAGCAAUGAUGAGCAUCAAUGGGGACGAAGACAGCGCGGCCGCCCUGGGCUUGCUCUAUGACUACUACAAGGUUCCAAGAGAGAGGAGAUCGUCAACAGCAAAGCCAGACGUUGAGCACCCAGAACCAGAUCACAGCAAGAGAAACAGCAUACCAAGUGUGACUGAGCAGUCCCUCGUUUCUGCUGGAGAAAACAGAGUGCAAGUACUGAAAAAUGUGCCAUUUAACAUCGUCCUUCCCCAUGGCAACCAACUGGGCGUUGAUAAGAGAGGCCACCUAACAGCUCCCGAUACAACAGUCACGGUCUCCAUAGCAACGAUGCCUACCCACUCCAUCAAGACAGAAACCCAGCCCCAUGGCUUCGCUGUGGGAAUCUCUCCAGCAGUGUAUCAUCCUGAGCCCCCUGAGCGGGUGGUGGUUUUCGACCGGAACCUUAAUGCUGACCAGUUCAGCUCUGGUGCUCAACCCCCAAAUGCUCAGAGGCGAACUCCAGACUCUACCUUCUCAGAGACCUUCAAGGAAGGCGUUCAGGAGGUUUUCUUCCCCUCGGAUCUCAGUCUGCGGAUGCCUGGCAUGAAUUCAGAGGACUAUGUUUUUGACAGUGUUUCUGGGAACAACUUUGAAUAUACCCUGGAAGCCUCAAAAUCUCUUCGACAGAAGCCAGGAGAUAGCACCAUGACAUACCUAAACAAGGGCCAGUUCUACCCUGUCACCUUGAAGGAGGUGAACAGCAGCGAGGGCAUCCAGCGGCCCAUCAGCAAAGUCCGAAGUGUGAUCAUGGUGGUUUUUGCAGAAGACAAAAGCCGAGAAGAUCAGUUAAGGCAUUGGAAAUACUGGCACUCCCGACAGCACACAGCUAAACAAAGAUGCAUUGAUAUCGCUGACUAUAAAGAAAGCUUCAAUACCAUCAGUAACAUUGAGGAGAUUGCGUAUAACGCCAUUUCCUUCACUUGGGACAUAAACGACGAAGCAAAGGUUUUCAUCUCUGUCAACUGCUUAAGCACAGAUUUCUCUUCUCAGAAAGGCGUGAAGGGGUUGCCUCUUAACAUCCAAAUUGACACCUAUAGUUAUAACAACCGUAGCAACAAGCCUGUGCACCGGGCGUACUGCCAGAUAAAAGUCUUCUGUGACAAGGGAGCUGAAAGGAAAAUCAGGGAUGAAGAACGAAAGCAAAGCAAAAGAAAAGGCAAGUGUACUGACCCCAGCUCCCAGUUGAAUGCCUUUUCCGACGUCAAAGUGCCACUGCUUCCCUCUCACAAACGAAUGGAUAUCACGGUUUUCAAACCCUUUGUUGAUCUGGACACUCAGCCUGUCCUUUUCAUUCCCGAUGUGCACUUUGCCAACCUUCAGCGGGGAACUCACGUCCUUCCUCUGGCCUCAGAAGAACUGGAGGGUGAAGGGUCUAACUUGAAAAGGGGUCCGUACGGAUCAGAGGAUGACUUUGCCAUUCCAACUCCUGCUAAGCUGACUCGGGUGGAAGAACCAAAGAGAGUGCUGCUGUAUGUGCGGAAGGAGUCAGAGGAAGUCUUUGAUGCCCUGAUGCUUAAGACUCCGUCUUUGAAAGGCUUGAUGGAGGCCAUCUCAGACAAGUAUGAUGUGCCCCAUGACAAGAUUGGGAAAAUAUUCAAGAAAUGUAAAAAAGGGAUUCUGGUGAACAUGGACGACAACAUCGUGAAGCAUUACUCCAAUGAAGACACCUUCCAGCUGCAGAUCGAGGAAGUGGGGGGGUCGUACAAACUCACCCUCACUGAGAUCUAAGGGCACACCGCCGCCCCCCCCCCCCCCCCAGCGAGUUCAUGAAGGUCUCACGUAGGUCUUACCCACCGGAAGCAGGUGCAUAGCAGGCGUGGACGGAUGCCGGUGGAAGGGACUCCUUUCGAGUUGGAGACGGCGUUGCGUUUGGCUGGUAGAUAGCGUUCAACACGCCGCACUGGCGUUUUUCAGGCAGCCGAGGAAUCCAUAUGCCAUCAUGUUUGAAUUUUCUGAUAUAGAUACUUAGGAUUAAAAGUGAAACCUUUAUUCCAAGAUUUAAUAGACUCUCUGGGAACCUUUAGAAUAUCUGCUACAUUAUUUAUAUAAAAAUACUGGAAUAUUUGUCUCUUCAAUGUUAGUGGGCCUGCUCACCAGUGCAAGUCAGAAAAGGCAGCGGGCUUGGCUUUCAGGGUGCUGUGCCCUUGCCCGAGCUCAGCGUGACCGACUGCCUCAGGGUAGGGGGGAGCGGCGCCCCAAGGGGGGGGGGUGCGCCCUUUCUCCCUCAGCCUCUCCGCCUCCAGAAAAUGUUUACUCAAGUAGGGCAUGUUCCUGAAAUCUCCCCGUGCAACUUUCUUGAACAUAUCACCUGCCUUUCUCAUGAAGAACCUAAAUGGGUGACAGUGUGAAUCAGUUAAGCUAACACUGCAUUGUAUAUAAGUGCAAUACGUUUUUGAAGGCCUGUGUCUGUAAAUGUGUAUAUACGUGUCUUAUACAAAUAGAUAAUAUAUAAAUACGGUGUCUGUACAUACAGCGUAGAGAUGCAACAAGGUCUACCUUGCAGACUUUCCCUAAACGAAAGGUUAAGUUAUUUUUGGUAACGUCUACCAAGCAGACCGAGUCCUGUGCUUGGUGGAACUCACCAAAACGCCUCGUCUGCGUCCUCGCCAACAGCAGUCAUCCCAGAGCACGGCAAAACCUGCCCAAACAGCAGAGAUUCUGUUUGCUCUUGAGAAUGCGGUUGGUUAUUCGGAUUUCUGCCCUAACGAACGAAGUAAAGGAAGAACGCCAGCGCAUUUCCCGUCUGUUGCGUAUGCCGUUCUCAGUCGUGUGUCCCCGCGAGAGUGAACACGCAGCAAUCCUAACACAUGCUGCGAUUAUCGUGGCCUCGGUGAUACGACCCCAAAUGGAGUCCUUCCUCAUCUUCCUGUUACGCGAAGUGAUUUCUAGUUCAUCGUGUUCCAGAGCCUUCAGGCUUCGAGCACCUUGUGUGCUGCAGACCAUUCUGGAAAGCACUCAUGAGUGCAUGAGACUGUAUUACUCUGGCAGGGGAACAAUUUGUACACGUGUUGAAAUAUAUAAAUGUACUAAAGAGUGUAAUUUUAUAACAAGUACAAUCACGGGUAUCCAGGUUCAGGGAGCUAGAGUAGGUCAUUUGUGUAAGUAGGACUUGUAGUUGCAUUUUUACGUUAAACUGUCCUAAUGAAGUAUGUGAACUAAAUUAAAUUGCUGGUUUUCUAAGAUAAGAUACCAUGGGACACGGGUCAUGACUAUUUUCUAUUUUGUGUUAUGAAAUUAAUUUUUGUCUUGUUUGUUGUUUUUCACUGUAUCACUGAAGAUGCAUUUUAAACCAAAGGGAUUAAAUUUUGUAUAUCUA